AUGGCAACGCUUCUGCAAUUGCAUGAUUUCGCGAUCCCUGGGCGCCCGGACAAAGCGCUCCGCCUGGAUGGCCAGCCACUGAGCAUUGUCGAUGAAAAGACAUUCAAUGCAGAAUGCGAUUCUUCAGCCUUGACGCCUGCAAUUGGAGUCGCAACAGUGCUUUACAAUUGGUGUCCAGAAGCACUGUUGGCAUUACUAGACACCGACAAUUGGUUCUCCUUUACCUGGACGUUGACCAUCAACCAAGGCGAGGACAAUGAGACCAAGUUCGAAAUUGGGCGCAUUCGCCAGCAGGUCACCAUGGGAACUCUGGACAAAGAAGGGCUGUGGAGAGUCAUGGUAACUUACAACAUGACCUCUACGGAACAUGAAUCAACGGGAGACCCAUGGCAGCCGAACAUCGAGGAGACCAUGGUCGACGACAAGAACGUCGAGGAUGCAGCUGAAGUCCAUCGAUUAGGUGUCUCAUUCGUGAAAGACAUGAUCUUGCACCGCCGAUGGCUUACCGGCAAGAAAAUGCGGCAUGAGUUCUUCGUCGAGUCGCCUCAUAUCGGCAUGGAUCCUUGGGAAGAUGGAAUGCGCAUGAACCCUCGCUGGUUGUACGAGAGCCUCGACUUGUCAAAGUGCUCGACAUGCAAAGCAGCCGCCGAAAGUAGCAAACCUCUGAAUCGCUGCGGCCGAUGUGGCACGGCUGCAUACUGUAGUGCAACCUGUCAGCAGAGGGACUGGCCCGUUCACAAAGCAGUAUGCACCAUGUCCAUGGAAGAUCGUGGCAAAGCCCUGCACUAUUCACAGCAUGGAGGGCUCGCGAAUUGGCGAGACAGCAUACAAGACUAG